AACAACAUUGUGUCUACCAAAGAGUCAAAACUCCACAACAUUAUUCCACCCUUUCAACUCACUCAGACUAAGAUCAACUCUAAAACUAAAGCCUUUGAGAUCACUCUUUUGCAUCCCUCACUCUCACAUCACAUAUUUUCUGAAAAAGAUAGCCAUAGAUAUUGCAAAUGGAUUAUAGGAAUUAAAAAUUAGAUAAAUCACAAUAACUUGCUAGUGUGAAGAACACAACUCUCCUUCACCAACAACAUAUUUUGUCUCAUAGUUUCUUCAAAUACAACAAACAUCUCACCAAACCUCAACUAAACAAAAACAGUCUAAAAAAAAAAUCAAUUUAUCUAAAAAAUAAAAUUUUAAUAAAUACAAAAAUAGAAAAUCUAUUUGUUUCUUCAUUAAUUUUGUUUCUUUCUUUCUCUAUAUUUCUACCCUUUCCUUUCACAACAAAAGCUUUCUUUUAUUCACUCUUUCUCUCUAUACUCUCUCUCCCAUGCAGUUUCUUCACUGCAAGAACAAUCUUUUCUACUCAGAAACUGUGACAAUGAAAGGCAAAAAGAGCAAAAGCAUUUCCAUUUUCUUUGUGGUGUUCUCAUUAUUCCUCUUUGGAACCUUCAUGUACAACGAGGACGUUAAAUCAAUAGCUGAGUUUUCAUUCUCUAGGAUCAAAUUCAAAACUCAAGAAAUCCAAGAAGAAAAAUCAGAACCAGAACCAGACAAUUCUGUUCAAAGGGAUAUCAAGAACUCUGAGGUUAAAGAUUCUGAGGAAAUCGAAGAACCGAUUAAUUUGAAAGCAGUUGUGUUAAAGAAGAAAAAAGAGAAGAUUUUGUUACCUCUAAAAGAUUGUGAUUUGUUUACAGGAAAAUGGGUUCUUGAUAAUGUGACACAUCCUUUAUACAAAGAAGAACAAUGUGAAUUUCUUACUUCACAAGUUACCUGCAUGAAGAAUGGAAGAAGAGAUUCUCUGUAUCAAAAUUGGAGAUGGCAGCCAAGAGAUUGUUCUUUACCAAAGUUUAAACCAAGAGUUCUGCUUAAGAAACUUAGAGGGAAGAGGCUUAUGUUUGUUGGAGAUUCAUUGAAUAGGAAUCAAUGGGAAUCAAUGAUUUGUUUGGUUCAAUCUGUUAUUCCUCAAGGAAAAAAGAGCUUAAACACAACUGGUUCUCUUUCUGUCUUCACAAUUCAGGACUACAAUGCUACAAUAGAAUUCUAUUGGGCACCAUUCCUUGUAGAGUCAAAUUCAGAUGAUCCAACGUUACACAGCAUAUUGAACCGUAUUAUCAUGGCUGAAUCAAUUGAAAAACAUGGUGUGUAUUGGAAGAAUGUGGAUUACCUGAUUUUUAACACCUACAUUUGGUGGAUGAAUACUGCCACUAUGAAAGUCCUGCGAGGGUCGUUUGAUGAAGGAUCAACGGUGUAUGAUGAAGUCCCUAGGACAAUAGCAUAUACAAGAGUCCUUGAAACAUGGUCAAGAUUUGUGGAUAACAACAUUGAUCCAAAUCGUACCAAAGUUUUCUUCAACAGCAUGUCUCCUCUUCAUAUCAAGAGUGAAGAUUGGAACAAUCCUCAUGGAAUAAAAUGUGCAAAGGAAACUAAACCAAUUUUCAACAUGGCCAACACAUUUCAAGUUGGCACGGAUCGACGUCUUUUUGUCAUUGCAAAUAAUGUGACAAAAUCAACUAAAGUGAAAGUCGAUUUUCUAGACAUCACUGCUUUAUCAGAGUAUAGAAAAGAUGCACAUACUUCUGUUUACACAAUUCGUCAAGGCAUAGUUUUAACUCCACAACAACAAGCUGAUCCUGCUACUUAUGCAGAUUGUAUCCAUUGGUGUUUACCAGGAUUACCUGAUACAUGGAAUGAGUUACUUUAUACACGUAUAAUGUCUCAUUCUUGACACUUUUUUUUGUUACUUCAAUAGUCUCCACAAAAUUCAUGUAAUUUUUUCUUUGGAAAUUUCUUUUAGCUUUUCUGGUCCUAUUAGGAAGCACCUCAAUUGUACAAUCAAUAUGCUUGAAAAGAAAAUAAAGUAAUUUUCAUAUAC